AUGUCGACCACAGCGACCAAGACAUCGGCCGAGAACGGCCAAGUACCGUCGAAAAUUGUGGUGGAAACGGCAAAACACGACCAACACGAAGACGGUGCCUUGGUUGAAGCCGACGGCCAGGAGGACAUUGAAAUCAUCGGCAAUCUCUGGACAAUUCCCACCUUCGAGGACAAAUAUCUGGAGAGACAAUGGGCCAAGGAGCAUAUGGCCGGGGCCUUUCGCAUUUUCGCGAAGCUGGGCUAUACAGACGGGGCAGGUGGUCACAUUUCGCUGCGAGACCCUGUCCGACCCGACUGCUUCUGGAUCAACCCAUAUUCCGUGCAUUUCGGCAUGGUCAACGCCAGCGAUCUGAUUCUCGUCAAUGAUAACGGCCGACCGCUGCUUCCGACAAACCACAAGGUCAACAAGGCCGGUUUUAUGAUCCACGCUGCCAUUCACAAGGCCAGGCCAGAUAUCAACGCAGCAGUUCACACGCACUCGCCCUACGGACGGGCGUGGUCGGCGUUUGGGAAACCGAUCGAGAUGCUGAAUCAAGACUGCUGUUAUUUUUACAAUGAUCUUUCCAUCUACGAAGGAUUUGGAGGCGUCGUCUUUGGCCGAGAAGAGGGUCAAAAUAUCGCGAAAGCGCUGGGCCCGCGAAAGAAGUGCGUGAUCUUGCAGAACCACGGACUCCUGACAUGCGGUGGUACCGUCGACGAAGCGGCCGCCUUCUUUCAUGCCUUGGAACAAGCUUGUCAAGCUCAACUGCUCGCCGAAGCUGCAGCCGCCAACGGCUGUCAGAAGAGGAUCAUUGGCGACGAGGAAGCAGCUUUCACGAAAGAGAGGGCCGGAACUGCGGAGGUUUUGUUCACGCAGUUCAAGCCCGAAUACGAGAUGAUAUUGAAGGAGACUGGAGGCGACUUCCUCCAGUGA